UUAACCUCUGAUGGAGACUGAAGCUGACUGAAAGACUGAAACUUCUUCUUCUGCUGUCUCAAAGUGAACUCUGAGGAAGAGGAGCGGUAGAGCGAGAUGAACAGAUGAUUGAUCGAUCGAUUGACAGACGGAUGAAGCUGAAUGUGUGUGCGAUGCUUCUGCUGCUGAUGUGCUGUCUGCAGCGAGUCGACUGUCGUCUGCCCGACUUCACACCUGCGACACCUCUGCUGCAGGUUGACGUUUCAGUGAACUCUGAGUGGAGCGACGUCACCUCUCUGAAGAAAAACGGACUCAGUCGUCUACCUGGACUCUGUCGACGGCUGAAGAGACGCAGAGUCACCAUCCUGUGUAACCUGGAGAAGUUCUGUUCUGAGGGGCGGAGUCGAGGGCACAGUCAGAAGGUUCGGUCUGGCCAGGUGUGUCGCUGUCCUCGGGGCUCCAGGUGUUCACAUUUCUUCGUCCACAGUCUGUGA